GUUGAAAACAGCCAAAUCCACUUCAGAUAAACAGAACUGAGUCCUGCCGGCGCCGGUCUGAGGAGAUGUGCUCUAUCUGAUUUUAAUGUUCCACUAGCGAUCACAGCCUGAUCUCAGUAGAUUGUAAUGUACUGCGUUCUCACUGCACACUUUAAAACACUACUUAGUGCAGAGCUGUUAACCCUGAGAGCCUCUCUCUCCCCUGGGAUGUUACCCAGUGCAUUCCACACAUCUGCUGUAAUAUUUACUAAACACAGUGCUGUUCCACCACCGAGUCCAAAGAUCACAUCUUUCAUGUUAGAGGACAACGAGGGCCCCUUCAUAAAAAUACAACUUUACCCUGGAACUUAGUAAGUGAGUUUUGUGUUUAAUGAGAAACUGGACCAGCAUGAAAAGCAGCACUUCCUUCUCAAUCUAAUGAAAGACUGGGCUGUGACUUGACUCCUCCCACGCCUGCUACAGGAAAUUCCAAGGCGUUUCAUAGGGUUCCUGCUCCAACUUCCGAGGGAGGGAGGGAGAGAGAGAGAGAGACACAGAGAGAGAGAGAGAGAGAUCCCGCAGGGGGAGGUUAUUUCCAUCUCCCUUUCCUGGCUCUUUCAAACCCCGGCUGUCUCGUCAGCGAUGGAUGCAGUUAUUCUCCAGGAGAGGCUGGCAGAGCGACUGGUGUCACCCAGGACUCGCAGUGCCAAGCUGAAGCAGGAGAAGCAGUACGUGGGGUUCGCCACCCUUCCCAAUCAGGUCCACCGGAAAUCUGUCAAGAAAGGCUUCGACUUCACCCUCAUGGUGGCAGGCGAGUCUGGCCUGGGCAAGUCGACGCUGGUGAACAGCCUGUUCCUGACAGACCUGUACAAGGACAGGAAGAUGCUGAAUGCAGAGGAGAGAAUCAACCAGACGGUGGAGAUCAUCAAGCACACGGUGGACAUCGAGGAGAAGGGGGUGAAGCUGAAGCUGACCAUCGUGGACACACCGGGGUUCGGAGACGCCGUCAACAACACGGAAUGCUGGAAACCCAUCACAGAUUACAUUGACCAGCAGUUUGAGCAGUACUUCCGGGACGAGAGCGGGCUGAACCGCAAGAACAUCCAGGACAACCGUGUGCACUGCUGCCUGUACUUCAUCCCUCCUUUCGGACACGGGUUGCGGCCGGUGGACGUGGAGUUCAUGAAGGCUCUUCACGAGAAGGUGAAUGUGGUGCCACUCAUCUCCAAGGCAGACUGCCUCACUCCCGGAGAGAUGAAGAAACUCAAAGACAGGGUAAAGGAGGAGAUUGAAAAAUUGGGAAUUAAAGUCUAUCAGUUUCCAGACUGCGACUCUGAUGAAGACGAGGAAUUCAAACAGCAGGACAAAGAACUGAAGGAAAGCACUCCGUUCGCAGUGAUCGGGAGCAACACAGUGGUGGAUGUGAAAGGUCAAAGGGUACGCGGCCGACUGUACCCCUGGGGUAUCGUGGAAGUUGAGAACCAGUCGCACUGUGACUUUGUGAAGCUGAGGAACAUGCUGAUCCGAACACACAUGCACGACCUGAAGGAUGUGACCUGCGACGUGCACUAUGAGAACUACAGAGCGCAGUGCAUCCAGCACAUGACCAGUAAACUGACUCAGGACAACAGGAUAGAAAGCCCGCUCCCGAUCCUCCCACUGCCCACCCCCGACGUAGAGACAGAGAAGCUGAUCAAGAUGAAGGAUGAGGAGCUGAAACGGAUGCAGGAGAUGCUGCAGAAGAUGCAACAACAGAUGCACGACCAGGAGCAGUGAGCAAGCAUGCUCUGGAGCCCAGCGACGGGAACGAAGACACAUUUCCACCUGCAGGAUCUGGAAAUUUAAAAAAAAAAAAAAAAAAAAAAGAAGAAACAGUGACUUUUUAAAAACCUAGGAUUCUAAAUGGUGCUGUACGAGACCUCUUGCGUAGGUUCAUAAUUUAUUGUAAAAAAAAUCUAUAUUACAAGGAUGUAAUUCCUGGCAUACAGUACCUGGGAGCAUGUUACAUGUGUGGUGUUUUUAUGCCUUCACUGCACAGAAAGUGAAGCACACCUCUACCUGCUUUUAAACUGUACUCUGUGUUUGUUCACACGUAUGGUAUAAUCAUAUUAAUAAUGCUAUUUAAUCUAUUUAUGCUUGAAUGUUUUCUUCGUACACAGUCAGGGCCUGGGGUCUGUUGAAGUCUUUGUGUUUUUCUCCUCACUGGGGAGAUGCUGGUCUGAAUGACAGCAGCGAGACUGUGUCUGUAGGUAACAGCGCUCCUGCUCAGUUCAGACCAGAGAGAACCCGCCCCACUCUGCAUUGAGAGUGGGGUUUAACCCUGGGGCUUGGUUAGCUGGAAAGGGAAGGGGAACAGCGUAAUCCGGUCCCAGCAGUCAUCUGGGAGAAAGCCAUUCAGAGCCUUUACAAUCCCCAGAAGGUGGCGUUCUGUUCCAGUGAUCUUUAAAGGCAGCUUGAGGGCUGGAUAUAAGACUCCCAUUGCAUAGCACUUUGAUCCAUUCCUGUUUUUACUAUGAGUUUAAUAAGACACACCUGAGCUUGUUAGCUAUACACUGGGGCUAAUCAAGCUUGUAGUAAAACCUGGAGUGGGUGAAACUGCUAUGCAAUAGGAGUCUUGCUGUAUUUCCGUCCCUAGGCUUUAAAACUCAUAAAUCUUUUAAAGAUCUGCUUUGACUGUGUUGUUAAGAAAUUGGUCAAUGGAGCACCUCCUAGUGGUAGACAUUAGCAGGUUACUGUCACGCUGAAGGACAGCCGCACUUGGACCCGACUGCGGCUCAGAAGAUCAUUGGAAUAGACCCGGUCUCUCAGCAAUCUAGAACACAGCGUGUCAGUGCCCAUGUGACUGCGCCCACCCCCCCGUGCAGCGUGUGGAGCAGCGUGCGUCUCCAUUAAGGAUUACAUGGCUUCUUUUUAUUGUGAGUGGAAACAUAGAGUCUGUGAACAAUGCAAGCCAUGUAAGACCAUGCACAGAAAAUAAACACGACCUUCUAAUUUGAA